AUGAAUAUUAAACUUCAUAAUCACCUUUGCUAAUAAUUUAUUGAUUUUACUCAAUAUAAUUUGGAAAGUUCUAACAGGAAAGCUGAAAAAUAUUAAAUCUAAGAAUAAACUUUUUUCGAUAGAAAUCCUGUAUUUUAACAAUUAAAAUAAAGAUAAAUGAUGGAAUUUUAAAUCAUCUCUGUAAGCAAGACAUUUUUCUAUUCAAUAACAAAAAUUUCGUAUAAAAACUAUAAAGACUUUGUAUGA